AAAACAUUCCUUAAUAAAUGCCGAAGGUGGCGCCUGAGCGCAGAAUGAGAACCGGAUUGUUCCAUCCUUCUAAUUUAUUCCGGUGUUAGACAGCCACUUGCCUGUUCAUAUCAUUUGAAGUCGUCUGCAUCCCUUCACCUUCUUUAGUCUGCUUGCUUUUGGAAGCAAAAAUGGGAAACGAGAACCAAAGAGAGUUGAAUAAACCUCUUCUGUCAUAUUCUUGUAGCCCCGAAGAUGGGUUGCGAGAAAGAACGAUUGAUGCAAGAAGAGAGAUCUUGUUGGAGGUAAAGAGGCAGCUAUGGCUGGCCGGGCCGCUUAUUUCGACGAGCGUCCUUCAGUUCUGUCUGCAACUCGUAUCUGUCAUGUUUGUUGGUCACCUGGGUGAGCUUUCACUUUCCUCUGCUUCCAUGGCCACUUCAUUUGCUGGUGUCACUGGUUUCAGUUUGUUGUUAGGAAUGGGGAGUGCUCUGGAUACAUUAUGUGGGCAGGCCUAUGGAGCAAAACAGUACCACAUGUUAGGUGUGCAUAUGCAAAGAGCCAUGCUUGUUCUACUGCUUGUUAGCAUCCCCAUUGCUUUUGUAUGGGCUUCCACAGAACCAAUUCUCUUGGCUUUUGGUCAAGACCCAGAGAUUUCAGCAGCAGCAGGUGUAUAUGCUCGAUGGAUGAUCCCAAGUAUCUUUGGUUAUGGCCUCCUGCAAUCCCAUGUUCGGUUCCUCCAGAUGCAGAACAUUGUCUUUCCUAUGGUGAUUAGCUCUGGCAUUGCUGCCUUGUUGCACGUUCUGCUUUGCUGGUUGCUGGUUUUCAAAUCUGGGCUUGGUCAAAGAGGUGCUGCGUUGGCAAACUCAAUAUCUUCUUGGAUUAACACACUACUUUUGGCACUUUUUGUCAAAUUCUCAGUGGCAUGUAAGAAAACGUGGACUGGUUUCUCCAAAGAAGCUUUGCAAGAUAUUCCUAAUUUCAUUCGACUGGCCAUUCCUUCGGCUUUGAUGGUUUGCUUGGAGUUCUGGUCAUUCGAAAUGAUAGUUCUUUUGUCUGGUUUGCUGCCUAAUCCAAAGUUGGAGACUUCAGUGCUAUCAAUCUGCCUUAAUACGGCCUCAUUGCUUUGGAUGGUCCCUUUUGGCCUUGGAGGGGCUAUAAGCACCAGAGUUUCCAAUGAAUUGGGUGCAGGGAAGCCUCAAGCUGCACGUUUGGCAGUACGUGUUGUAGUGUUCAUGGCUGUUGCAGAGAGUCUGAUCAUAGGCGUAACAAUGAUAUUAGUACGUAACAUAUGGGGAUACUUGUAUAGUAGUGAAGGCAGAGUGGUCAAAUAUGUCUCUGUCAUGAUCCCCUUACUUGCUGCAUCCAACAUAGCAGAUGGAACCCAAUGUGUACUUUCAGGUGCUGUCAGAGGGUGCGGAUGGCAGAAGAUUGGUGCAUUCGUAAACCUGGGGGCAUAUUAUGUUGUUGGUCUUCCUUGUGCUGUUUGUUUUGCCUUUCUCUUGCAUGUUGGUGGAAAGGGACUUUGGUUGGGAAUCAUGUGUGGGCUGCUUGUGCAAGCUUUGCUGCUUCUUACCAUCACAGUAUGCACCAACUGGGAUGAAGAGGCAAGAAAAGCAAGGGAUAGAGUUUAUAACUCCAUUUUGCCUACAGAUUUGAGUUCGUAGUCACUAUCGGCUAUUCGGUUAUUUAAAAUUCAGAGAGGAUAAAGGCAGCAACGGAAGAGCUUACAGCUCCUUUUUGCCUGCAGAGCUCAUGGCCAUCCAUCUGGAAAGUGGAGAUGUUGAUGUCUGUGGACAGCCUAUCACACGUACUUAGCUAAAAGUGAAUGUAUAACAGCUGCCAUCUCCGCACAUGGUUUUAAGCUCUUUUUGUUAAUAAAGCUUGUACUAAGGAGAAUAGCAUAGAUUUAUGUGAACUUGACCUUUCUACCGUUAUAUGAUUUAAUGCAUGUGUACAGCAAUGAAGGUUGUGGACGUUGACGCACCUGCAGCUUUGCUCCAUUAUUAUAUGAGAAGCACUUUCCUGAACUUACAACUGUUAUGCAAAGGGAAUUAUGAAAUAG